GCCUAUCGCUAGUUUGGAAGCUAUAUUAAAAUUGAGAGAGUAAGACUAGAAAGGGUUGUGCUUGCGACUUACCUAAGAAGUAAGAAGGGUCGGGUUCUAACUUCUGAGCGCACAGCAUCAUCAAUAAUUUCUCAAACAGCGUCCUAAAAGAAACACAUUAGAGUAAGCAGAUAAUUAUGGCUGUACAUUCUGAUUCGGCUUCAUCAGGGAAGAAAUCAAGCAAUGGACUGAAUGAGUUGCUGACUUUUAAUGCUGAGAAUAUGCAAAGCAAUAUGAAAAUUAUCUAUUACAGUCGAACAUUUUUAUCUAUAAUUGGUGGAGUUGUUGCUGGCAUUUUGGGAUUUACAGGCUUGAAAGGAUUUGUGUUUUACUUACUUCUCAUGGCACUUACUUCACUUGGGCUUGUGGCCAAAGCAGGAUUUUCAACCCACACAUACUUUGAUUCCUGGAACCGAGUGCUACUUGAUGGCUUUCUGGGUGGCCUAAUGUCGUUCGUGCUGUUCUGGACAUUUGCCUAUGACAUUGUUCAUAUAUUUUGAUGGACGGAAUGUGCAAAUGUUUCAAGAGAAGACUAUUUUGGCAUCCGUUGCUGCUAUUGAUCCUUGCCUGACUGCAGCACCAGUUACCAGAGAUAGCAUUCAUGAUGUUCCCGUUUUUAAACUGAGAUUUACUACCAGACUAUUGUCUGUUUAUGUAUUAUUUAAAAUAGCAGAUUGGGAAGGAGGCAUUGUGUCGUCAUUGAUAUGGCUGUCAGAUUGGCCUCUAGGAUAUUCUUCUUCAAUUUUGCUUCUUGAUAUAGAUUGCAAUUUUGUCAAACUUUAUUUUAUAGGCUUAAUAUACUUUUAGUCUUUUAGUCCUUCAAUUCUAA